CAGGAGCCAGGGAGAACCUGGAAUUAACCUCACUUCCGGUCAGGAGCCUUGCUGGGCACGCUAACCAGCCCCCUGCCCCUGGGCUUCUGCCUUAAACUCAUUCGGCAGAAACCGCGGUCUUUCCUUGUCCCCGGAUGCUUUCAGGUAGUAAUCCAGCUCCGCCCCCGUCUUGGCCCGCGGGGUUCACGCUAGAUGAGCACUGAAGGCAAAGUACCCUCCUGCAGCGCGCGUGUGUGAAGGAGUUGAGAGUGCUGACGAGCGCGGUGCUCACUAGUCGGGAUGGCCUGAGACCGUGUCACGUCCUCCCCAGCGUCACUCGUGGGCAAAGAGGGGGUCAGUCCUCGCUUCCCACCCCCGCCCGGCCUGUGGGGUGCAACUCUCGGGAGCGCGACUUCCUUUUAGUCUAAAAAGCUUUACAAAGGUUGGGUAUGUAUGUGUGUGGGAGGGGCGGAUACCGUGCGGGGCGCGACCUAUUUUCUUGCCCUAUUCCUUGGACCCUGCGUGGAGCAGGGUCGUGAGGGGAAAAGUGACGGCGUGUCGCAGCUGCAGGUGCGGUGCACGGCCACGAACACCGACGCGGAGCUGAACUCACACGUAGAGCGCUGGCUCCGCCCCGCAAGCCGCUCCCGCGAAGGGGCGGGGCCCAGAGUGGGCAGGUCCGCGCACGCGCCGCGUUGGGGACGGAAGUGAAACUCUAAGAAAUGAGAUGGAGAAGUACGAGCGGAUCCGAGUGGUGGGGAGAGGUGCCUUUGGCAUUGUGCACCUGUGCCUGCGAAAGGCUGACCAGAAGCUGGUGAUCAUCAAGCAGAUCCCAGUGGAACAGAUGACCAAGGACGAGCGGCAGGCAGCCCAGAAUGAGUGCCAGGUCCUCAAGCUGCUCAACCACCCCAAUGUCAUUGAGUACUACGAGAACUUCCUGGAAGACAAAGCCCUCAUGAUCGCCAUGGAAUAUGCACCAGGCGGCACCCUGGCUGAGUUCAUCCAAAAGCGCUGCAAUUCCCUGCUGGAGGAGGAGACCAUCCUGCACUUCUUUGUGCAGAUCCUGCUUGCACUGCACCACGUGCACACCCACCUCAUCCUGCACCGAGACCUCAAGACGCAGAACAUCCUCCUUGACAAACACCGCAUGGUCGUCAAGAUCGGGGAUUUUGGCAUCUCCAAGAUCCUGAGCAGCAAGAGCAAGGCCUACACGGUGGUGGGUACCCCAUGCUACAUCUCCCCUGAGCUGUGUGAGGGCAAGCCCUAUAACCAGAAGAGUGACAUCUGGGCCCUGGGCUGUGUCCUCUACGAGCUGGCCAGCCUCAAGAGGGCUUUCGAGGCUGCGAACCUGCCAGCCCUCGUGCUGAAGAUCAUGAGCGGCACCUUUGCACCCAUCUCUGACCGGUACAGCCCUGAGCUGCGCCAGCUGGUCCUGAGUCUACUCAGCCUGGAGCCUGCCCAGCGGCCAUCACUCAGCCACAUCAUGGCACAGCCCCUCUGCAUCCGUGCCCUCCUCAAUCUCCACACCGACGUGGGCAGCAUCCGCAUGCGGAGGCCUGUGCAGGGAGAGCGAGCAGUCCUGGGCAGCAGGGUGUGGGCACCCAGUGGGAGCACAGGAGGCCUGGGGCAGAGGGGCACCUGGGUAAGUCCUCCCUCCCUGCAGGUAGGAAUGUCAGGAGAGUCUUUGUCCUUAGGCCCCCAUCUGUCCCUCAGGGUGGAGAAGUCUGUGACCCCCGGCAGCACAGGGAGCAGGACCACCAGUGUCCGCUGCAGAGGUGUCCCCCGGGGACCUGUGAGGCCAGCCAUCCCACCACCACUGUCGUCAGUGUACGCGUGGGGUGGCGGGCUGGGCACCCCCCUGCGGCUGCCAAUGCUCAACACAGAGGUGGUCCAGGUGGCAGCUGGGCGCACGCAGAAAGCCGGCGUCACACGCUCUGGGCGUCUUAUCCUGUGGGAGGCCCCACCCCUAGGUGCAGGCGGAGGCACCCUCCUUCCUGGGGCAGUGGAGCAGCCACAGCCCCAGUUCAUCUCGCGCUUCCUGGAGGGCCAGUCGGGCGUGACCAUCAAGCAUGUGGCCUGCGGGGACUUCUUCACAGCCUGCCUGACUGACCGAGGCAUCAUCAUGACCUUUGGCAGCGGCAGCAAUGGGUGCCUGGGCCACGGCAGCCUCACUGACAUCAGCCAGCCCACCAUUGUGGAGGCCUUGCUGGGCUAUGAGAUGGUGCAGGUGGCCUGUGGGGCCUCUCACGUGCUGGCCUUGUCCACUGAGCGAGAACUAUUUGCCUGGGGCCGUGGAGACGGGGGGAGACUGGGACUAGGCACCAGGGAGUCCCACAGCUGCCCCCAGCAGGUGCCCAUGCCCCCGGGACAGGAAGCUCAGCGAGUUGUAUGUGGCAUCGAUUCCUCCAUGAUCCUCACUGUGCCUGGCCAAGCCCUGGCCUGUGGAAGCAACAGGUUCAACAAGCUGGGCCUGGACCAUCUCUCCCUGGGGGAGGAGCCUGUUCCCCACCAGCAGGUGGAGGAGGCCCUGAGCUUCACACCACUAGGCUCUGCACCUCUGGACCAGGAGCCCCUGCUGAGUGUAGACCUGGGCACUGCUCACUCAGCUGCUGUGACUGCCUUGGGUGAUUGCUACACUUUUGGCAGCAAUCAGCAUGGGCAGUUGGGCACCAAUGCUCGCCGGGGCAGCCGGGCACCCUGUAAAGUCCAAGGCCUUGAGGGCAUCAAGAUGGCAGUGGUAGCCUGUGGGGAUGCCUUCACUGUAGCUAUUGGGGCAGAGGGUGAAGUGUACUCUUGGGGCAAAGGGGCCCGAGGUCGACUGGGAAGGAGGGAUGAGGAUGCCGGAUUCCCUCAGCCAGUGCAACUGGAUGAGACACACCCUUACAUGGUGACUUCCGUGUCCUGUUGCCAUGGAAACACCCUCCUAGCUGUUCGCCCGGUCACAGACGAGCCAGUCCCCCCAUGAGGCACCUGGAUACACCUCUGGACCACCCUCAUAUUGCUUCUCCUCUGAAUGUUCUGAAAAACACAGGUGCCCCAGGCAUGACUCCCAGCUGUCUCCUGGAUUAUGUCAUCAGUGAGGAUGUCGGGGCUGGUGAAAUCCCUGCUCUGCUUUUGGCUUUGGACAUGGAAACCUCAACCACUUUGUUCUUCCACCACCUUUGCCCUUCCUACCCCUUCUUCCCUUCAGUCAGUGUCCCCAGGGUCCAGUCUGGCUAGAGUUAGAAGGCAAACCCAGCCUUUGGAAGCAAGCAGGGUGGCCUCCAGAGCCUUGUCAUAAAAAGACUGAAGGCAGCUGUAGCUCCUCCUCCACCACACAGACCCUGCCCUUUCCCCCAGCCCAGUUAGAAACUAAGUCUGGCCGGGCGCGGUGGCUCAAGCCUGUAAUCCCAGCACUUUGGGAGGC